GAAGUCCGGGCAGCCCCGAUGUCCCGCCAGUAGCGCGGGCUGGAGGCAGGCAGCGGCUGCAGGAUGGAGCAGGGCGCGUCCGUCUUCGACCUGCCUAAGGUAGAACUUCAUGUCCACCUGGAUGGCGCUAUUAAGCCAGAAACAAUCUUAUACUUUGGCAAGAAAAGAGGAAUUCCGCUCCUUGGUGACACUGUUGAAGACCUCUUGGAGCACAUCAGUUACUCGGAGCCACUCACUCUCACCCAGUUUCUAGAAAAGUUUGCUCUCUACAUGCCUGCCAUUGCGGGGGACCGUGAUGCUGUGAGAAGAAUAGCCUAUGAGUUUGUAGAAAUGAAAGCAAAAGAAGGUGUCAUCUAUGUUGAGGUCAGGUACAGCCCUCAUCUCCUAGCCAACUGCAAAGUUCAUCCUAUUCCAUGGGACCAAGAAGAGGGCGACUCACUCCGGAUGAAGUGGUUCACCUCGUUAAUCAGGAUUACAGGAUGGAGAAAGGGAUUUCAACAUCAAAAGCCAGGCUGGUCAUUGGAGGUGGUGGAGCUGUGUAAGAAAUACCAGAACAAUACGGUGGUAGCUAUAGACCUGGCUGGGGAUGAGUUGGUGUCCGAGACCUUCCCAGAGCAUAGGAAGGCUUAUGAGGAAGCUGAAAGAUGUGGCAUUCAUCGCACUGUCCAUGCUGGGGAGGUUGGGCCACCCUCUGUCAUCAAGGAGGCAAUCAAUGUCCUGAAGACAGAACGGAUCGGCCACGGCUACCAUGUCCUGAAAGACCCAGCCCUUUAUAGGGAGCUGUUGAGCAAGAAGAUGCAUUUUGAGACCUGUCCUUGGUCCAGUAUCCUCACCGGAGCAUGUGAUCCAGACUUUAGGAAACACCCAAUAAUUCAGUUUAGGAAAGAUAAAGCCAAUUACUCCCUGAACACUGAUGACCCACUCAUUUUUAACUCUUCAAUUGAGACUGAUUACAAAAUAGCUAAGCAGUCCCUGGACUUCACUGAAAAGGAGUUCAAGAGAGUGAACAUCAAUGCAGCUCAGUCCAGCUUCUUGCCUGAGAAAGAAAAGAAGAAGCUUCUCAGUGAACUGUAUGAAGCCUACAAGAUGGUCCCAAACAACCCAUCCUAAUCCUGCUUCUACCAGCCGGCAAGGUGCAUUCACCUCUCCCCAUGUGUGCUCGACUCCUCUUUGUUUUAGUGGGAGCAUAGGGGGAGGAGAUGCCAUGACACCAGCACAUAAUACUGGUAUUAUUAUGCUGACCUUAACAGUCUGAGGCAUAUACUAUAAAUCAGUAUUUCCAUGGUUCCCACCAUAUAUACCUACCUAAACACCCACAUACUAAAUACAUAUCUGAUUUCCUAUAUUUCUGAUGCACAAAUGUACAGGUGGCAUUUUCUGGCAUAAUUCCGUUGUGGCUUAUGCUGGUUUUACAUCCUGGUGUAAAUGAGAGCAAAAUAAGGCCCUCUUUCCUUGUGGUGGUGGUAGCAACAUUUUUAUGCGACUUUUUGGUGCUCUAGUUCCAUUACUGAUCUACCUUAGUCCCUCUCUGCACUACAAACGUAAUCAUGUUGAGCAGCAGCUGUGGUCAAACCAUGGUAGAAGACAGGUUUUUCCUCCCACCUUGCUUGUGUGCGUCGAACUGGGUGAAAUGCAGCUUUAGUCACCCCAGAGCCAUUCACGAAUUUGCCUUGCAUUUGCUGAGUGCAAACUGAAACAUGCCAGUGACCUAACUCAAAAUGUUUCAAAUUUGUCCAUUUGUCUAGUGUGCAGAGGCCAGGGAGGACCUCCCUUUUACAGCCUUUAGCCCGUUGGUUAGGGUGCUGUCCUGGAAAGGGCUGCUCAGCCUACUGAAAAGACCUGACUGGACCAGAACCCAAGCUGAGCACAGCUGACCUGAGAGUGUCAAGUCUUUUUUGGAACGGACCUCCUGAACCAGUCCCAAUCUGCAUCAUCACUGCCACCACCUUGUCCUUAGGGCUCGGCCUGGUAGGAGUUAGUCACUCCUCACUCCUCCUCUGGCUACCUCUUGCCCAUGGUGAUGCCUGUGUGUCCCCUUGCCAGCUGCCCCCACCUUGCUGCGCUGAGGUAUUGCAAUUUGUCAGCAUGCCCAGCCCCGAGGGUCAGGUUUUUUCAGAUCUGACCCUGACAGACCUACUUUUCUACCUUAUGAAGAAGAAAGAAUUGAACAUGGGUCUCACACAUUGAAAGAGACCACCCUACCCAUUGGGCUAUGGGAUAUUCUGGUGUGGGGCUUUCUCCCUUUCCCCUGUGAAAGCUGUUCUACUGAAUGUAAAUAAUUAAAUAGUCAUUAGAGCUGGGACUUCAACUUGGGUCUCCCACAUGCUAGGUGAGUGCCCUAACCACCAGGCUAUUUUCACUUUAUUCCUAGCCCAGUGACUCUUCACUGUCAUUCAAAGUGGCAGUUCAUAGUCAUUAGAAUGACUCUGUAUCCUGAUGGGUAGGGCACUUUGCUGCUGCUCAGGGAGACUUAUUCAAAUCCCUUUUCCACAUCUGACAGAGGGGGAACUGAGCGCAGGUCUCCCACCACUGGGCUAAAGGUUAGAAGUAAGGUGGUCAUCCUCCCCCCACAACUCGCACCCGGCAUUUCAUCAUUUCUUCUUUGCUUUUGACAAAUGCCCCAAAUUGAAAAAUGUCAUGUUGGAAUGAAACCUUUUGCUUCAGCUUGACUUUUCAACUUUUUGAGUCACCAUUUUUUUUUAAAUACUUGUUUUCAAUUCAACCCAAAAUUAAUUUUUUUUUAAUUGUCUCAGAAUGGCCAGUGAACCGAAAAAUCCAUUAUUCACCCAGUUGUAGUGUGCAUAUUAUAAUCAUAUGAGAGAACCCUCUUCUGAUGCUGGUAGAUUCCUAAAUAAAUAGUUUAUUCACGGUUUAUUCUUAUUUGUAUGGAUAGAAAAGACAGUGUUAAAACACAGUUUGGCCAUAACAGUAUGUACACAAGGUUUAUUUUGACUGUAAAUGGGGACUAAGAACAAGAUGGAAAAUGCAGCAGUAGUUGCACUUAGGCUUUUUGGUUGCAGAAAUACAGUAACUUUUUUUUUUUUAAUUUAGCACUUAUUUUGUACUUUUUUUUAUUUAUUAAAAAAAAAAAAAGCUGUGUUGCAACACCUGAAAUCUCCAAAAUGUCACUGCAGAUGAGAGCAUAUAGUUUGGUUUCAGGACACCAGAGGGAAUGUUUGGGGAGUCCAGAGGCCUCCAGAGGUUUGCUGCAUGUACAUAUAAAGUUAGUGCACAUUUUUACAAUUUCAGGACAAAAUUCUCCUCUCCGAUUCUCCACUCCAGCAUUCUGCACUUCGCAUGUGAGUCAGACUCUCAGGGGCUGAAUUUUGUUCUUACUCUCUAUUCUAUUCUAUUCUAUUCUAUUUCUUUUUUUUUUAAGAUUCUUAAAAAUGUGGUUAACUUCUAUGUUCAUUUUUUCAUCCCUCUUUCUGACAUAAGGUAACUUUCAGGCACUAUUAGUAGAACUAAGUGAAUAAACUAAUGAGCUACUGUCCAAUAUAUAGUUAAAUGGCCCAGAUGCCACAAGUGUUUCAGAAGGUACUUAGCAGAAUUCUUGCUGGAAGUCCUGUCUUCAGUAUGUUUGAGAAUUUACAAAGAAAAUAUUAAUAUAAUUCCUAUGCCAUUUUGGUGCAUUAUGACACUGUUCUCCUUUUUAUGCAAAGAAAUGAUUGCAUGUUUGGUUGGAUGUAGGUUUCAGAUACUUUUACCUCUGAAGAAUCUGUAAAUAGGGCUGAGGAAACUGGUAGAGGGGGCAGGGAGUGGGGAGAACCCCAGUAUCACAAGUGGCUGCAAAGACCUGGACUCAAAGCUACCAACACCAAAAAGUUGCCUCUGAUAAAGGGCUACGUUCACCAUUCUCCUAGACAUUGGAAGAUGGCUGGGAUUUACUGCUCUGAUUUCAGACAUCAGCAAGCCAGUGAUGGGCUGCUAUAAUGAUUUUUAUAAAUGAAUACAAAAUGCUCUUCUCUUAAAUACAUUGUGUUUAUAUACACAAAUAUAUAAAUGAAUUAUUUUUUCAAAGUCAAUGAUAAGUUGUCAGUGUUAAGAAUGAUUCUAACGUUUGUCACCCACAAUCUUUUUUUGUUUGGAAAUCUCUCUUCAGAAAUAGCUUGUGAGAAACAGCUGUUUGCAUUCUGGAGACGCUAAGUGAAAUGUUGUUCUGGUUUAAUAAAAUAAUUUUAUAUUU